AGUAGUUGGAAAUUCCUUCGUCUCGGGCUUCAUAGAGCUUCUAAUGAGCACUCAAAGGUGAUACCAACUUUGGCUCCUAACUUUGUUUUAUGAGAGAAGUUGUCAAAUGUUUAAAUUUAUUAUUAGGCAUCAAUUCUUCCAUGAGGGAGGUUUGUAUUUGAUUUUAAUUUUUCAUAAUGUGGAUAAGGAUAAGCUUAAUCUUAUUGCCUUAUUUUGGAAUUCGGAGCCAAAACUAAGAGGGAUAUUUUCAAUAUACCCAUUGCAACCUUUCUUAAUUUUGAAAUUAUCAACUAUCUCACCCUGAAGAGGUAGGUUUAAUUUAAAAGAACGUACGAGUUGAAAUCGGGUUUGUGAAGUGUGGGUUCUAUCUUUUCACUUUGUAGUUAGAAAUAUUUACGUAAAUCUAAAAUCAGAACCGUGGAAUUUUAAAAAAUUAGUAUUAAUUGUUAUAUUUUAAUGGUAAGGAUUGAGCUUCAAACACAUUAUAGUUUUGAGGGAAAGAAAUGGUCAAGAUUGAGCUCCACUGCAUCAUAGAAGAAGGGAUGGCGUGGCUCUAUAAAUUGCACUACUAUCUCCUUAUUAAUUCAAACACAAAGAUUAAUUGCACCAUCUCCUCUCUCAACUCCCCAACCUCAUUCCAUACAUACUCCAGUCAAGAAUGGCUACAACCAUGACUUCCAUUGCUUUCUUCCUCCUCCUCCUCCUCCUCUCAUUGUCGGCUGUACUUGCCGACAAUGAUAAUGCACAAAUCCCUAGCGAUAAAAGUCAACUAGCUCCAUGGUUCAGAAAUAGCAUCCAGAAGUACAAGCUCCGGAGGACGACGCUGGAUCCAGCCCUAGUGGAGGCGGAGGACAGCGUAAAAAUCAUCAAGGUGAGUAAAAGCGGUGGAGGAAACUUCAAUACGGUGAUGGCGGCAGUCAAUAGUGUUCCAGCUGGUAAUACUCGGCGCGUGAUUAUAUGGAUUGGAGGCGGAGAAUAUGAAGAGAAAAUCAAGAUCGAUAGGGAUAAGCCCUUUAUAACAUUCUACGGAUCACCGGAGGACAUGCCAAAGCUGUCAUUUGAUGGGACGGCAGCCGAGUUCGGGACAGUGGACAGCGCGACGCUCAUAGUGGAGUCGGAUUACUUCAUGGCGGUGAACAUAAUUGUCAUUAACUCGUCCCCAAGGCCGGACGGGAAAAGGAAGGGAGCCCAGGCGGUGGCACUGAGGGUGUCAGGCGAUAAGGCCGCGUUUUAUAACUGCAGGCUGAUCGGUUUUCAGGACACCCUAUGUGAUGAUAGGGGCAGGCAUUUUUUCCAUGGAUGCUACGUUGAAGGCACUGUGGACUACAUAUUUGGAAGUGGAAAGUCUCUGUAUUUGAGCACUGAGCUACAUACCAAGGGAGACGGCGGGUUUUCAGUGAUCACAGCGCAGGCAAGGAACCUUGAAUCGGAGGACAAUGGAUACUCAUUCGUCCACUGCACCUUGUCAGGUACUGGCGGCAACACUUUCUUAGGGCGGGCAUGGAUGAGUAGACCGAAGGUGGUGUUUUCAUACACCUUCAUGAGCCCUGUUGUCAGUCCUUUAGGGUGGUCCAAUAACAUCCACCCUGAACGGGAAUCAUUGGUUUUCUAUGGAGAAUACAAGUGUAUGGGACCAGGGGCAGACACAUCUAAACGAUCCAAAUUCACCAAGGAACUAGACGAUGAUGGAGCCACACCCUUCAUCACCCUCAACUACAUUGAUGCUUCAACAUGGUUGCUGCCUCCCCCAGGUCUUGCACUCCGUUGAAAGACAUGAACAAAGAUACACAUUUGGUAUGUAACCUGCAAUGAAUGAUGAUGGCCACGUUCUGCUUUCAUUCCCUUGACUUAGGGUGGUCGGAAUAGUAAUUGAAAUGGGGGAAUCAUAAUGCAUGUAUACAAAUAAUUCUAAUUCUAUGCCUAUUAAAUGAAUUGUUCAAUUAAAUGAAUUGUUCAUUA